GCCAAUGAUGUAGCGGCGGCGCGGGGCGCCAGGCGGCUUCAGUUAAUUUUCAGGCGCCAUACUUGAUGCUCCUUGCUGCCUGCGUUUCAACCAAGUUUACUCGAAGAAAUCUACGAAAAUCGUCUGACUUGAGCACCAAGUCGGCUUCAAGAUGAGCUACGGGCGUGGACCACCGAGCGUCGACGGUAUGACUUCUCUGAAAGUCGACAACUUGACAUACAGAACAACGCCGGAAGAUCUCAAACGCGUGUUCGAAAAGUAUGGGGACGUCGGAGACGUGUACAUUCCACGUCAUCCGUACACGCGGGACAGCCGAGGCUUUGCAUUUGUGCGAUUCUACGACAAGAGGGACGGCGAAGAUGCCAUGGAUGCCUUGGACGGAUAUAUUCUGGAUGGACGAGAACUGCGUGUGCAAAUGGCGCGCUACGGUAGGCCUACCGAUCCUUAUCGCUCCUCACGAAGCGGCGGGAGAUAUGGCGGAUCCUCUAGACGGUCUCGUUCCCGAUCCAGGAGCCGCAGCAGACGGCGUUCUAGGAGAAGCCGUACUCGGUCCCGUUCACGCUCAAGGCGCCGCUCGAGGAGCCGGUCAAAGGACAAGCGUCACCGCUCGAAAUCUAGGUCAAGGUCCCGCAGCCGUGGUCGCCGCCGUAGUCGCAGCCGCAGCCACAAAAGGAGCCGAAGCAGGUCCCAAGGGAAGCGAAAGAGCAAGAGCCGUUCUCGUAGCCGCAGCAACCGUCGCAGCAGGUCCAGGAGCCACCACAAGAGCAAGAGCCGAUCCCGCAGCCAGAGCCGCCAGAAGAGCAGGUCUGGAAGUCGCAGCAAGAAGAGCAAGAGCCGUUCGCACAGCGGGGAACGGAAAGGCCGCAGUCGUAGCCGAAGCAGGAAGAGUGGGAGCAGGGAAAAGAGCCGGUCAAACGGAGAGCCCAAGCGAAGCAAGUCUGAGAGCAGGUCCAGGUCACGUAGCCCUCAUCGAAAAGAGGAGGAGGAGGAGGAAGAAGAGAGGCCCGGGAGCAUAGCGGAUGAGGCGGAGGCUGUGGAAGAAGCUGCAGAGGAACAGUCAGAGCUCAAGUCUCCCGCCAGGGAGUCUGGUCAGAGCGGAGGUGGCGGGGACAGCAGCCCCGCGCGGGAGGAGCGCUCGGUGUCCAAGUCUCCGUCACGGGACUCGAACCAGCAAAUGGACACGUGAAGGACCCUUGCGAGUUUCCGAUUAGCCGACACCGCCGUCACUUGCAGGGGCCAAUCGAGGUAGAUAACGUUGGUGUUUUGUAAAGCUUCACAUGAUUUUUUUUUUAAUUUUUAUUUUGAUUUUUUUCUUUGGACGCGUACGACGAGCCUUGUUAGUAUUCCAGGGGCUUUUCUUGUAAAACAUUAGCUGACUCCCCAGUAUCAUUCAUUUUCGAUUAAUGUUAAGCCAUCAUUGUGUACCCUAAAAAAACUCAGUGGCAAGUCGGUACCCCCUUUUCGUUUUUGUUUAUUAGCAUUAGUGGCUUCCUCCUAUAAUCUCCCUUUGUUCGCCUUUUUCAUGUUCUAGUGUGCUCAUCGGAACUUUCUUCCCAUACCUAACGUUACGUGUAUCUCGAGUGCUGCGCUUCCUUUUUUAAAAAAAAAAAAGAUUAAAUCUUGACAUUGCUCGUGUCA